AUGGCGCCGAAUACUGCCAAAAAGGCAGCAAACACCAACAAUGCAUCGACUCCAUCCUCUUCAAUCCGGAAAUCGUCGAACUCAGGACCGAGUGGUACUCCCUCCUCGGCAUCGGGUCCCAAGCAACGUUCUCUUUUCACAUUCUUUCAAAAGGUCUCUAGAGAAGACCAGCAGCAAGGACAAAGUCAAUCGUCUGCAGCUGCGGCGAAAGAAGAUGAGAAGAUGGAGGAAGCACCCGCUGUACAGGAGCAGGAGAGCAUGCUCCCACCGCCGUUAAAACCUUCUAUUUCUAAAUCUUCGCUUAAGGUGAAGUCCGCUGUUUCGAAGAAGAAGAAGGCGACUUUUACGACGCCGGUUCCUAGUAGUGAUCCGGUUCGGGCGUCAAGUCCUGUUGAGGGUAUGGAUAGCGAGGUUGUUGGGGAGAUGAGUGGUUUAAAGCUCAACUCUUCGGUAGUACGAACUUCGAAGACUGAUAUAAAAAUCGCCGAGGCGUCUAGCCCUUUGGCCAGAACAGGAAGGAAAAAGGUCAACUACGCAGAGCCAGAUUCGGAUGAAGACGAAGAUAUGGUCAGCGCCGGGAAUAGGAGAAACAACAGAAGAGGCUCGAAACGACAAAAACUUGUUAUUAGCGAUGAUGAGGAUGAAUUUGUGGUCGCAGCUGAGUCACCGGAAGCUGAUGAUGAUGCAGAGGGGGAUAAUUAUGGGAUGUCUGAUAACGACCUCGAUGACUUCAUAGUAGAUGACCUCUAUGAUGAAGAGAGCGACACCCAAAAAUCGAAGAAGAGAAAGAGGACAGAGAAGAAGCCGACCAAAAGAGCAGUGCUUGCAUCUUCCCCUCCACCGAGGUCUUCGCCUCCGCCUAUGGCCUCUAGUAGCAGCGGUGGUGGUGGUAGCGGAAGCGCAUCCAGAUUCAAGUACGAUCCAAAGGCGUCCUCUACUCUUGCAUCCACGGCAUCAAACAGCCAUGUUUCUAGAGCAGCUUCUAUGAACAAGAAACCAGCCGACAAGCCCAAGCUCAAGAGCAAGGAAGAGGAAGUCCGGUACCCUUGGCUGGUUGAUAUUCAAGACAAGGACGGGAACCGCCCAGGCGAUGAAGAACACGACCCACGUACCCUCUUCAUUCCCAAAUAUGCAUGGAAUAAGUUUUCACCUUUUGAGAAACAAUACUGGGAGAUCAAACAAGAUCUCUUCGACACGGUUGUGUUUUUCAAGAAGGGCAAGUUUUAUGAAUUGUAUGAGAAUGAUGCCACUAUCGGGCAUCAAGAAUUCGAUUUGAAGCUGACGGACAGGGUGAACAUGCGUAUGGUGGGUGUUCCUGAGUCGUCACUGGAUAUGUGGGCUUCGCAGUUCAUUGCGAAGGGGUAUAAAAUUGCAAGGGUAGAUCAGAAGGAGACAGCACUCGGGAAGGAAAUGAGAGAGAACGAUUCGAAGAAAAAGGAUGCGGAUAAGAUUAUUAGACGAGAACUGGAGUGCGUUUUGACGGGUGGAACGCUGGUCGAUGAGACCAUGUUGCAAAACGAGAUGGCAACAUAUUGUGUGGCAAUUAAAGAGAGCGUUCAGGAUGGGAUCCCAUCUUACGGUAUCUGCUUUGUGGAUACUGCUACAGGAUGCUUCUCACUGGCGGGUUUCGAGGAUGACGUUGAUGCUACCAAGUUCGAGACCCUUGUGGCACAAAUUCGCCCCAAGGAGCUGGUUCUUGAAAAGGGUUGCCUUUCUACCAAAGCUCUGCGUAUCCUCAAGACAAACACAGGCCCAAAGACUAUCUGGACAAAUCUCAAAUCUGAGAGGGAGUUCUGGGAUGACGAACAUACAAUACGGGAGCUCGAUGCAAGCUCUUAUUUCGAAAAAGAUGGCGCUGUUUCGUGGCCAGAAGCUUUGGAGAAGUCACGGGACAAACCCCUUGUCUUAUCAGCUUUUGGAGGUCUACUAUGGUAUCUACGACAGCUCAAGAUCGAUGCCGACCUUGUCAGUCUCGCCAACUUCCAAUGGUAUGAUCCGAUCCGCAAGUCGACAUCCCUCGUCAUGGAUGGCCAGACUUUGCAGAAUCUCGAGAUCUUCUCCAACUCCUUCGACGGAGGUGCUGCAGGCACCUUGUUCAAUCUUCUCAACCAAUGCAUCACUCCGUUCGGGAAACGAACAUUCAGACAAUGGCUCUGCCAUCCUCUUUCGGAUGCACAAAAGAUCAAUGCUAGAUUGGAUGCAGUGGAGGCCAUCAUGGCCGAUUCUGCGCUGUUGGAUGCAUUUACCACGCAGUUGAAUAGACUUCCCGAUCUCGAACGCAUGAUCUCACGUAUCCACGCUGGAAGCUGCAAGCCUGCGGACUUCCUUCGUGUCAUCGAGGGCUUCGAACAAAUCAACGUCACCAUGUCUGAAAUCAAAGCUUACGGAGGCGGGGGUGAUGGCGUUAUUGGGGAGCUUAUCGAGAGUAUGCCAGAUCUUGAUGGACUCCUUGAACCUUGGAAUACAGCUUUCAAUCGUAAAGAGGCUAAGGACGGGAAGCUGAUCCCUGAACACGGGGUUGAACAAGAUUUUGACGAUUCGCAAGAUAACGUCGACCAAAUCGAGAAGGACCUACAAGAUUUAUUGGUGAGCUACAAAAGCAAGCUAAAGUCCUCAUCGUUGAGGUUUUGCGACAGUGGUAAAGAGAUAUAUUUGGUGGAGGUUCCUGUUAAGGUCAAGGUACCUGAUAACUGGAUGCAAAUGAGCGCCACGAAGCAGGUGAAGAGGUAUUACAGUCCUGAAGGCAAGGCCAAAGUUCGCGAGCUGCAGGAAGCUCGUGAACGUCAUGCGCAGAUCGAAAAGGAGCUGUUGGGACGGUUCUGUACGAGAUUCGACGACCAAUAUACGGAUUGGUUUAAGGCGGUGAAGGUUAUUUCACAGCUUGAUUGUUUGAUUAGCUUGACAAAGGCAUCACAAGGUCUGGGUGAGCCGAGUUGCAGGCCUCAAUUUGUGGAGUCUGAGAGGAGUGUACUGGAGUUCGAAGAAUUGAGGCAUCCUUGCAUGGUGAAUACGACAGGAGACUUUAUUCCUAACGAUAUCCGCCUGGGAGGGAAAAAUGCAAAGCUUACCCUGUUAACGGGAGCAAAUGCUGCUGGUAAAUCGACAGUACUGAGAAUGACUUGCAUUGGUGUCAUUAUGGCACAAAUUGGAUGCUACGUUCCAGCUGUUAGUUGCAGAAUGACAGUCGUAGACCGCAUCAUGUCACGACUCGGUGCAAACGACAACAUAUUUGCUGCUCAAUCAACUUUCUUCGUUGAGCUUUCUGAGACGAAGAAGAUCCUGAGCGAAGCUACGCCUAGGUCACUCGUCAUUCUUGACGAAUUGGGCCGUGGUACCUCUUCUUAUGAUGGUGUUGCAAUUGCCCAAGCGGUUCUUCACCAUGUAGCAACCCACAUCGGCGCAAUCGGCUACUUCGCAACCCACUACGGGUCACUAGCCACAGAGUUCCAGGACCAUCCGGAAAUCCAACCGCGUCGUAUGAAAAUUCUUGUCGACGAUGACCAGCGCAACAUCACAUUCCUCUACAAACUCGAGGAAGGCGUCGCUGAGAAGAGUUUCGGAAUGUACUGCGCGGCUAUGUGUGGAAUUGAUAAGAAGAUUAUUGAUAAGGCUGAGGAAGCGGCAGCUAUGUUUGAACACACCAGCCGUUUGAGAGAAGGGUUGGAGAAGGCAAGAGAGGGAUGUUAUGUACCACUUGGGCUACAGAGUGACUUGGCCUAUUUGAUCAGAGGGGAGGUCGAAGGCGGUGAAGCCGGGAAUAUGAUUAUGGAAACAAUGUUGAAGGCGAUUAAAGCUCUUUGA